AUGAAACGUACGUUGAAAUCCAAGUAUCAUGUUUCAUGUACUCAAAAUCAAAGCAGUAAAAAGCGUGGUAAAAUCAGUAUUCCUUUAAACGAAUUAAUCACUGCUGUUUCACAUCUUGGCAAUAAUAUAUCUGAAUUGGAUAAAGAUAAAAAAUGGCGUUCAUGUAACUCAUUAUGGUCCCAAGUCGCAGCUGAUUUAGCUACUCGUUUACCAAUUCAUAAUGAUCUUCGUGUUCGAAAAUACAUUUAUACUAUAUGGUAUCGUGAAUCCGCCAAGCUUCGAUCUCAUUUUACUAAAAAUCCAUUACCACCACCAACAAAAAAAGCUAUUGUUAAAGAACUUUCAUGCAUACCAAGCUUGACAAAAGUCCGCACACGAUCAAAAGAAUCCAACUCAGCAGGUACAAACGGUAACACCAUUGAACAUCAACAACAUUUAAUUGAAUUUACUUAUGAAGAAUGGCGUAAUAUUUACAAGAAAGAAGUUAAAUCUCAUGAUAUGGAUUCAUCAUGGACCGAUGUAUUCUAUGAUAAAUUAGUUGACUCAAAAUUAAUUACCUGCAGUAUUGUUUUUACUUAUUCGAAACUUCGACAAUUAUAUACACGAAAAAUGAACUCUCCUUUAUUCAAAUGUAAUGCACAUUGUCCAAAUUCGAGUUGUCCAUUGAAGUUAAAAAUUAAAAUGGUUCAACUUGCUUCACCUAAUCGAUCAGUCUUUUUUCGAGUGGAGAUUUUUGGUACUCCACGACAUGAUAAUCCAUUAGAAAUCAAUCAACGUCACGUGAAGGGUGAUAAACGAGCACAAAUGGCUAAAACAGCCAAGGAACAAGGAAUCUUGGCAACAUACGAGAAGAAUCUACUUAAUGCCAAUAAUGAACUUUUAAAAUGUAAUAAUUAUACAGAAGUACCUACUACACACGUGAUUACAACAGCUGUUAAACAACAAUCUGAUGAAAUGUGUCUUGAUAAAAAUAUAUUUGUUGAAUUGGAAAUGAUGUUAUUUUCCAUGAGGGAAUCAGAUAAAGAUUCUCAUUUACAAAAUAAAGGUAGUUUAUUCCCUUUUCUGAAAGAAAGGGUUAUACACAUUAAAAUCAUGGGCUAA